GUAUCUUCAUUAGAACAUGACAAUCAACAAUUCAAAAUGCUUCAGAUUUGGGACUGCAAAAUUUAGAAACAGAUGAUUUUGUUAAAUAAAGGCUUUUAUUAUUCAAUCAGCAUACCUCCUCACAUGCAUAUUGACCUCAAUAACAUGGAGAGAUACAUGUAUGCUAUAUGCCAUGUAUCUAUGAAAUAUUAGGAGGAAACUUAAAAAUGGGAUUAAAAAUGAUUUAAAAAAAAUCUCAAUCACACUAUAGCUUUAUAACUUUAAAUAUGCAUACAUUUCCCCAAAUACUUCAUAUGGAAUUAUGAUUACCAAUCAUUGUAAACCAGAACUGCACUUGGAUUUCAUUGAUUUAUUGUUUUUCAUGCAUACUGUUUGUGCAAUAUCAAUGUCUUAUAACAGACUGAUUUUUUCAACCCAUGGCCUAAUUGACAGUCACCAUCAUGCAACCAUUAUAGAAGGGAAUUUUAUUAAAAUGACAGUUACAUGUGUGACAUUAGUAAAUUCAUCAAAUAAUUGAAGAGUGUCCAUCACUUUGUCCAUGUUUAAACAAACCCUGAAGUGGUCUAUUUUCUUGUCUAUGAUGACAUGAAGAACUUCAUUGAAAAGAUAUUUGCAAGUUUCCUGCGGGAUAGAUUCUGCUGUGAUUUAUGGUAAGGUGCCUGAUGGCUGAAUGAGUACACUACAGAAUCAUGAAAAUAUACUGUAUUUUUUCUAAAAUAUUGUGUAAUGCAGACGUGUUCUCCUUCAUUAAUUUUCUUCUUGUUUUUGUUCUUUGUUCUGUUUUUUAUACAGAUUAUUGUUUGACAGAGUCAACUUGACAUUCUACGAUAACAACACCCUAUCCUUUUAUCCACGAUAUUACUAUUCAUUUGAUGAGGAGAAAUCGGUCGGGCCAGAAUCUGAUACAAUAAUCACCUUGAAUAUGCCUUUAGUGACAGUAGCAUACUUUGUGAGGAACUUUGGUCCACUUGUCCAGUUUCCCGUCAAUGCUCUCUUGGAGGGGUUAGGUGAGAGACUCACUCUAAACCUUACAGUAGAUCAGAUACUCUGGGGUUAUGAUGAACCCCUUUUCAAACUUAUUCAGCCAAUAAUCAGCAUUCCAGGCUUUGAUGAAGGGAAGUUUGGCUUCCUCUUACAGUUCAAUUAUACAACAUUGAACCUGUACACUGUGAAUACUGGAAAAGAAAACCAGUCGUUGCUGAAUGACGUUGUUAACUUCCAGGGCUUGCCUCAACUUGACUGGUGGGGAACACCAGCAACGAAUGAAAUUUUAGGAACAGAUGGUACUAUGUAUCACCCGUAUAUGUCAAGAGAAGAAAAUUUAUAUCUCUUUCAUCCAGAUCUUUGUAGGUAAGUGAUCAUCAUAUAUAUUUUCAAAACAGAUUCCAUGAUUCAAUCCAUGUAAGAAGUGCUGAUACCCUUCACUUACAUUUGUGAUGAAGAUGAUUACAAUCGCUGAUGUGGUUUACGGUACACCAUGUGGAGUAUUAUAGAAACAGUGGAUAGAAGAAGAAAAAUAAAUGGAUAGGCGAGAAAGUGGAAAUUUGAGAGUAGAGUAAUCUUUAUUGAAUGUAGUCCUGAAAAGGACUGUAAACCAGAAGAGAUUGAUGAGUUGAAACAGCUUGAGUAGUAGGAUGGAUAAGGAGAUGCUGGCUUGAGUCGGCGAGUAGAGAUGAUGAGCAGAAGCAGUAGAGACUCGACGUUUCUGGCAAGUUGAUUGUCCGUCUCCUGAAGACAGACAGUCAACCUGCCCGAAAAUGAGAAUUGGAGAUCAUUUAUUCCAAAUGUCAUGUAUUCUCCAUUUUGCCAAUAAGCCUGAUAUCUGCAAAUAAUUCAGGGUAAGGGUCACAACCAUCCCAAAGAAUUCAGAUUUCAAACUCAAAGGAUUAAAGAAAAAUGAAAACAGUACCCUGAGUGGGUUUUAGGAGAAACUUUUGCACUAACAAUGCACUAACAGAGGCCCUGUUACAACCGGUGACGUGGCAGCGAUACCUAAUGUACAAGAAUGCAUUUCUUACACAUUGAAAUAAAUGUUUUGACUUCUCAAUUUGAAAGAUUGACUGGGUUUACUAUUAGCACUCUGUUUAUAGGCUCUCGUUUCUGUGCAGCCAGCACUGUAACAUAGGAGCAUUAGAUGUUACUCAAGUAUGAUACACAUUAUUGCAAAUAUACCAAAGCUUUUGUUGGGCUUUUAUAGAUCAUCAAAUUAUUGACAGGAUCUGCAAAGUUGUUAAGUAGUACAUUUCAAUAUACCAAUAUGUUUUUUGUGGUAUAUUACAAACAUAAUUUUUAGAACCCUUUCCCUAGCAUAUUAAACCUUUCUUAUGUAUGCUUAAGUGCAUUUGCCAUUAAUCUAUUAAGCACACGUAUAUAAAUAUUGAUCUUGAUAGAUUAGUGUAAAACAAUUCUCCAUAUGCCAUUUUUAAAAAGAAAAGUAAACAAUACCAAAUGUACUAUGAAGUGCAGGAUAAUUAUUUAAUCUGUGUAUUCAGGACUCCACACUAAUCCUUUUUUCUACUGGUCCAACACGUUCAUGUUGGACCAACAAUGUCCCACCUGCAUAGCAGAGUGAGACUAUAGGCGAAGGUUAAGUUUUUGAAAUGACAGCAUAACUUAAAAAGUAUAUGGACCUAGUUCAUGAAACUUGGCCAUAAGGUUAAUCAAGUAUUACUGAAGAUCCUGCCUGAGUUUCAGGUCACAUGACCAAGGUCAAAGGUCAUUUAGGGUCAAUGAACUUAGACCAUGUUGGGGGAAUCAGCAUCAAAAUCUUAACCUAAGGUUAAGUUUUUGAAAUGUCAUCAUAACUUAGAAAAUAUAUGGACCUAGUUCAUGAAACUUGGCCAUAAGGUUAAUCAAGUAUCACUGAACAUCCUGUGCAAGUUUCAGGUCACAUGAUUAAGGUCAAAGGUCAUUUAGGGUCAAUGAACUUUGGCCAAAUUGGGGAUAUUUGUUGAAUUACCAUCAUAACUUUGAGAGUUUAUGGAUAUGAUUCAUGAAACUUGGACAUACAAGUAAUCAAGUAUCUUUGAAGAUCCCGUCAUAGUUUCAGGUCACAUGACCAAUGUCAAAGGUCAUGUAAGGUCAUUGAACUUUUGCCAUUUUAGAGGUAAUCAUUAGAUUGCUGCCAUAACUUUCAAAGUUUAUAGAUAUAGUGUAUAAAAUGUGGAUAUAGGGGUAAUCAAGUAUCACUGACGAGUUUUUGGUCACAUGAUCAUGGUCAAAUGUCAAUGAACGUAGUAUUGUAUCAUUAUAUGAAUGGUGUUUUUUGUGAAUAAUUAUUUUAUAGUAGUUUUCAAAGUCAGCACUGCUGCUAUAUUGAAUCGCGUGAUGCAGGUGAGACCGCCAGAGGCAUUCCACUUGUUCCAUAUAUUUUACUGUUUGGAUCCCAAAAUUUACUGGUCCCAAAGAAUUUAAUGAAAAACAUAAAAAGACUUGGGUUUAUUUUGCUGUCUUUUAUUGCUUAUUGUUACCCAACCCCCCCCCCCCCCCCCGG